AAGUUCUUGUCCAGCUUACCUUUCCUUUGGUUGGUGUCUUGGCUGUUUUCCCCCCACUAUGCAGUGGCUUCAACUUCUUUCAUCCUAAAAGAUUUUGCACAAGGCGAUUUUCGUUUUGUUCGACACAUGCUUCAGGGGCAAUGUUGCAGAUGAGGUUUAAGGUCACUCUCUUGCUCCUUAUAUUGGCGGUCAGGUGUGUUGCACAGGAAGAAACCCAAAAUAAAGGCUGUGUUUGUGGAUACCCUGGAAUACCAGGUGACCCUGGACACAACGGUACACCUGGCAGAGACGGCCGUGAUGGACUUAGAGGUGACAAAGGUGAUCAAGGUGAAGUUGGCCCUGUUGGACCAGCAGGCAGUCACGGCCACAAGGGAGACAAAGGGGAACCUGGUGCAGUUGGACCAGCAGGGCUCAAAGGAAAAAGGGGAGAUAAUGGAGAACGGGGGCCUCCUGGGAAAAUGGGGCCCCAAGGAGUCCAAGGGCCCGUUGGCCUGAAAGGAAAUAAGGGAGAGCUCGGGCUGCCUGGACCCCAAGGACAUAAAGGUGAUUUAGGGCCUGCUGGACCAGAGGGUCCGAAGGGGGAAAUUGGCCUUCAAGGUGACAGGGGUAUUCAGGGACCAUUGGGACCCCCUGGCAGGCCAGGACCUAAAGGGGAUCUUGGUCUUCCAGGUCACAAAGGCAAUAUUGGUUAUCGUGGGGACAGAGGGGUUCGAGGAGAGAGAGGUGAUAAGGGUGAGAAGGGAGAGGCUUUUGUUAUCUCUAAAAGCGCCUUCUCUGUGGGACUCACAGUACAAAGUAAACUCCCAGCAGCCAAUGCACCGAUCCGGUUUGACAAGAUUAUUUACAAUAAACAGAAUCAUUACGAUCCACAAACAGGAAGAUUCACAUGCUCCGCUGCAGGAGCCUAUUUCUUCACCUACCACAUCACGGUCUUCUCCAGAAACGUGAAGGUGGCUCUCGUGAAGAACGGCGCAAAGAUCAUCCACACCACGGAUAACUACCAGAGCAGCGAGGAUCAGGCAGCAGGGGGCGCUGUGCUGCACCUGGACGUGGGGGACAAGGUGUGGCUGCAGGUGGCUGGAGGAGAGCUGUUCAAUGGGCUCUUUGCUGAUGAAGAUGAUGACACUACUUUCUCUGGGUUCUUAAUCUUUGAGGCUUGAAUUUGGCAUGAUUUCUUUAUAACUGCUGGUAUAAAAUAGUGAAAUAUUAAAGGAAAAAUAGAAAUCAGUCAAGACAGAGGCUUGCCUCUAAACUCCACUGCAUUAAUUUCAUUGUGAUUACUUUGCUGAUUAAGAACAUGAAAAACAGCUUCUAAAAUAAAAUUAAUUGUUAUAGAUUAACUGCCCAAGCAUAUCAAGUUAUUCAAGACAGUCAGUAACUCACAGCUAUAAACAAUAAUGCAAACACUCACAGCCUGGGAAAUUGUUCUGCAUUAAAAGUAGGCCUACUUUUCUUUUUGCUGAGAACACUUCUAUACUUUUACUUUGGUAAUAUUUUGAAUGCAGGACCUCUACUUUUACUUGUAAUGGAAUAUUUUACACUGUUGUUUUGCUAUUUGUUCUGGGGUUUGUUUUCAUUGUGUGCAUAAUGUGGAUUAAUCAAUUAAAUUUGUUUUUUCGCAGGAUCUUGAUCACAUGCAAUUCUCCUGAAAUGAAAGCAUCAGCCUGUAAAGAAAAAAAAUUAACGACCUUAAUUAGAUGAAAUUGAGGUGUUGUGCCAUUGUUGUCACAAGCUAAAUUUACCUCAGCUUUUAGAGUCUUUUACCCUGUUGUGUUAAAAUAAAGAACAAAAUUUACUAAGA